AUUGAUUGUGCACCGCUACGUUAUCAAAGAGAGUAGCAUCAAGUAGAUUAUGUAGAUUCGCACUCUGUGACGGAGGUAUGACCCCAGCCUCUGCCAAUGUAGCUGACAUGUCAUCCGAAAUGUUACUCGGGCGUUAUACAGACAACUGUCGUCGAGAGAAGUGGUGAAGAGCAACAUCUCCAUGCGCUGAUUACGGACGGCGGAAUAUACAACAGAGAGUGCACUGGGGAUUCCGUGGGCGACUAGACUGACCCCCUCUCACUCCCUCAUUCCAGUCUCUCCCUCGCGCAGAGUUUUCCGUCCUGUGUCAGGAUAACAUCGCUAACAAAGAGCAUUUCUGGCGGUAAGAAACCGCACAAAUGGAAGCAGUUGAGAAAACUCUCACUUACCGAGAUGACACCGGACCUUAUAGAAAGCUGCUCCCUGGAAAUGACGACAAAAACCAGUGCAACCCUAAGGCAAAAAGUGACGAAUCCAAUUAUGUUGAUUUGGAUGACUUACUUGAUAUGAAUUCAGAGGGCACAAAAACUGUUAAAGUGACUUUCACCGGUGACGGUAACCAGCUUGCAGUUUUCAAAUGCAACAGUGAUACGUCCGGAGAGAAGAGCUCCGGGGUUCGCGAGAUUGAUGAAAAUGUGGAUCAAAUCUAUGAGGAAACAUCGAAGGACAGGUGGGCAGAUAGGCCUGUCUCGGAAGAACCCCCCAUGGACACGUAUUUGACAGAAUUGAACAGCAAUGUGGACUUGGAGAAUGACAAUACGACAGAACCCCAGAGCGAAAUUGUGCCUCGUGAUUAUAAUGUCCCCGGCGAGUGUGAGGAGUUAAAAUACACAGACAUGUAUUUGAACAGUAAAACCGAAUCGGACGACGGUGAGAGCGUAGUAUUUUCAGACCAUUGUACGCCUGAUACGGUGAUAGACGAAUCGCACUACAUUACAACGCACGAAAUCCAACUGACAGAGCUUGACCAUGAUGUCGAUUAUGAUUUUGGACGGGGAACCUGUUGGGAUAUUGAGGACGAUAAUCUGGUUUAUUCAUUUGUGGAUUAUGCCUCUUUUGAAAGCGAUGAAACAACGGAGGAAACGUUGAUAGGCCUAGUGGAUGGUAGGAGCCAGGCGAAAGUAAAAAGCAGCAAGGCGCAAUGUAAUGUGCACCAACGUGUAUCUGGUUGUACAGUUGUCAGCACUGAAAGUGAGUUUUGUGACUCUGACAAAUGCCCCAGCUCAGAUGAAAGCAUUUGUAAAAACCAAAACAGUAGUGGGAAUUCGGCGGGGCAAAUUCACCUGUCAAUCAAGACGUCAUCAAGAGCAAUAAACGACUCUAACAAUAUCAUUGAGAAUGAAAACAUUUGUUAUAAUACCAAGCACAUGGGAGACAGGAGUCACUUCUUUUUUACAAGCACUGACGCCAGAGCGGAAGCCUUGUGCGAUAGAUCCCAAUAUUUUAUCCCAGCCCCGGGACGUCAACACUUUGCAACUAAAUUAAGAGGGAAAGAUGUUAACGAAUAUUCCAGCGGUGCGUCAAGUUCGAUAAGUGAACUGGACGACGCCGAUAAAGAAGUGCGUAAUUUAACCGCCAAAUCAUUUAGGAGUUUAGCAUGUCCCUAUUUCGAUGCUAUAAAUUUGAGCACUUCAAGUGAGUCUUCAAUGUCAGAAAAUGGGCUUGGCUUAAACAAGUGGUCAGCUUUCGUUGACCUUAAAUAUGGUAAUAUGUCACAUGGCAGAGAGCAAAAUCUAAUCGCCCAUAAGAGUGCAACUGCAACUUUUGAAAUUAGCAAGAACGCAGACUAUAAGAGUAUACAUGGUAUUGCCAUAAGCAAUAAGAAAGGACCCCAAACCAAGAUGUGUUCUUUGAAUACAAAAAUAUCUAGUCCACAACAUGCAUCUUCCUCUACCCAAAACGUAGAGCUUACAGGCCCAUUUGAACCAGGCAGUGAGGUUGUCACUUUGACAAAGACAUUGAAUUUUCGCUGUAAUGUUGAAGCGGGGUCACCUGAACCCGGGAAGUCUCCCAAACAUUCAGAAAAUGCGUCAGGAGCACGUUCCAUGGAUGAAGUUACCGGCACCUUGCCAGCCAAGCCAGGAUAUGAAGUGAGCUACCAACACAGUGACGCGGGUGAUAGCAUGGAAGGCACACAUAAGAAGGCAAGUUUCGCAUCAAGUCUCUUAAAAAAUGUAAUUUCCAAAAAAAUGCAAUUUGAACAGGAGCGCAAGAUGGAGAGGGGGGAGAUAUGGGACACGCAUCCCACGCAUUCCCCAUGCUUUCAAUGCAAGGAUCAAUAUGGGAUAAUAGAGAGGGAUACAGAGAGAGGCGUGCAUAGUCAAUCCUCAGAAUCGGGUUCGGGAUACACAAGCAAUUCUUCUGAUGAACAAGGGGCUGUGGACAGUAUACCUAAUUCGUGUGACCCCAAGGAAGAGCGUACAAGAACAUUAGCAAGCUUUCAGCCCAUAAAUGAGGCACGACUAGAUUCUCAAAAGGAUGCAUGCGAGCCCACAAGAGGAUCCCUGGGCCAUAGCCAAAACAGCGCAUUCAAAUCAUGGAGGGAUGGUGAGCCAGAGCCCCAAGAUGAACAUGAAAUUCGUACCGUUUUAGAUGGGACACACUCCACAACAGAUAACACGGGGGAAAGGGAGUUAGACACCAGAGCUGUAAGUAGCAAGCUAACUAAAUUGUCACACUUGUUUGUUCCAAGUUCCCAGCGUCUCCCUAAAGAUACGGAAUUGAAAAUACAAGUGUCCGACAGUACUUUCCUCGGUGCGCAAAAAGAGCAACAGUGGGACCGGGAGAGAAAGUUUAGACCUGACAACAAUGCAGGAAUCGUGAAAGGGUCAAAGGCACCCGAGAUAAAAAUACGCCUGAGGAGCGUAAAAGAAAACAAAUGCAAUCCGCUAAAUAUUGACAACUUGUUAACCCCUAAUAUAAGUUAUCCAAUAAAGUCAGCAGGUGACUCCACAUGUCAGGUGCUGCCAGCGUCAGACAGAGUGCCACACUUUAUGGUUAGGGAUAUAAGAGACAAUAAGUGCAAGUUUCAGACGCCAAUUCAUCAUGUAAGAGACGUGCGUAAAUUGGUCAAGAGUUCAUAUCGUUUAGUCUCAGUGGAUAACAGCGAGAGUAAAGGCGCAGUCGCCCCUGCAACUGCCUCAUUACGCGAAGAUAAUAAAGCUUCUAAGAAACAACCCGGUAAAAAAUCGCCUCCCUCUUCAAUUGUAAUAAAAUGUCAGUCUGUAAAUACAAAUAGCAGAACUAAACAGGGUGUGCUUGUAACCGAGGCUCCAAAGCAGAGACAAAUUGAGAACGAUAGGUCAUCCCCGAAACCAUCUCCAGACUGUGCCAAAAAUGAACCCACGUCGCUGCACAGGGCGACGGGCAGACCUCCAAUUGGCUUCGCUAAACACCCCAACACAGAUCAGUCCGAGGCUAAACAGAAGCAGGAAAAAAUGGUCGAGGCAGGUGAACGCAAACCGGAGUCGAAAAUACCAAAACAGGUGGCGUUAGAGAAACUAAAGGCGGCCGUUAAAACAAUGGAACAGCUUUAUGUUUUCGACAGAAAUGAAUGGAAGCGCAAGAGCCAGGCUCCCUGGCCUAUUACAGACAGUCAUGUUCUGUCACUCAUUGCUAAAGAGGAGCAUGGUGGCCCGGAGGAGCUAGGUUCAGCAGGUGGCAGAGAGAGGCUUAUUACAGAGACAAACACAGACAAGUUGCCAGAAACAUGCAACAAUCAAGAAGAGAAAGGUUGUCUAAGAAUAAUCCAUGUCCCAUUCAUAAAGGACACAUUUAAAACCCAGUCACAACAAAGUAAAAUGUUUAGUAACAAAAGUGUGUUUCAUUUGGGGAACAGCAUUAAGACAGCUGUCAGUAGCAGCAGCUCUGCUAGUAGGAAUGGGCCACAACCCUGUUCUCCAUCACAUGCAACCUCUAUGGUGAAAAGCAUUAGCACUAAGACCCCGAAAGCUCCACUGUCAUUGGAAAUAUGCCCCCCAAAACGAGCCCUGGUGGACAGGGGACGGUUCAAAAGCAGCCCCACCACAGAAACACCACCACAGCCCAUCAAAUCUGGCAACCCAGAUUCUGAAAACUACUUAACAAUACCUGUAGAAGGCAGGUGUGUCGGUCAAGUGAAACUGUCCAUUCAAGAGCAGGUAUUCCCAAGCAGCCCUGCUGCCAGUCAACCUGGCAUCACCGACACCAAGAGAUCCGAGCAUACUUCUAUCCAGUCCCUCAAACGGUCCCCUGUUGUCAUGGAGACGCAGCCCACGGAUACCCCCACCACCCCCACUACCACCACCAUCUACCACCGCUCUCUACCAGUGGUCAAGCAAGGAGCCCCCCAGCCGCAGGUGUUCUGCUUCUCCCCGUCCAUUGCCCCCCUGCCCACAACCCCUUCGGGGGGAGACCCCUUCCAGUCUACCCAGAGGAAGAUGCUCUUUGAUCCCACCACCGGACAGUACUACCUGGUGGACACUCCGAGUGAGCCAGUCACCCGGCGUCUCUUCGACCCUGAGAUGGGCCAGUAUGUGGACGUGCCCAUGCCUAUGCCACAGCUGCAGCCAGUGACCCCCAUGUCUGUGUCCCCCCUGGCGCUGAACACGGGAGGGGUGUACGCACCCACCUACAUGAUCUACCCGGGGUUCCUCUCACCCAUGCUUCCUGCACAGACGGUGAUAACACCCCAAGUCGCAUCCUACGUGGCAUCCCAAUUGGAGGACGACAGCGCGGAUACGGCUCACGGGAAAUACACCCUGGUGCGUGGGGGGGGACAGGAGGGUAACAUGACGGGGGCAGAGAGCCCCUACUACAGUGCUACUGGAGGGUCAGUGCCAGCGUCAGUGCCCAUCACCUUGGGCCACCACGUCACUACCCGGGGGAGUGCGGCCUUGUCAGAAGGGAAACCACCGGUCAUCAGCAUCACGUCGCAGCAACGCCCGAGAAUCAUUGCACCACCCUCCUUCGAUGGGACGACCAUGAGCUUUGUGGUGGAGCAUCGGUAACCACUAAGGGAAUAUACACAGAGUGCUUCUUGAGGAGCCUGUCCUGUGAUAAGUAGAUGUUUCAUGGUAAUCUUCUCACACCCUUCUUCGCACCCAGUCCACCAAAUUCCACCUGAACCCACAAUGUUUCCAAGCCCAACCACCUGCCACCAUCACCGCCCCAUCCAACUCUAUCCUGCCGGUGGUCUUUGCAGCACGUCUGUAUCUGUAAAGCUAUGCUUCAUGCCUACAGCUUGUUUGUAAGGUAGCUAAUUGCUUUGUAAAACUGCUUUCAUAUCUGUAUUUAGAUUACAGACUAUUCCUUUUGUUCAAAAGCAAUUGGUUUCAGGCACUGCAAUAUUGUGAUUCAAAAGGAAAUAAUGUAGACUGUUGUCCAAUUAAGAUUCAACAUUUCAGAUACUUUAUUGGGUCCACAAACAUUGAAUUCAGCACGUUUCCCAUCCUGCGAAGCAAACGUCUGUUUUUGAAUUCAGAACAAGUUGUGUUUGUUUCUCAGGUAUUGUUGAAAAAAUGAUAUUGCAGCAUAACAGUAUCACUCAUCAUACAAUAGCAUUCAAUGUACAAGCUGCUAUGAUUCAUGGGAGAAUAAGUAAACAUUUCAAUUUAAGUGGAAGUUAGGAUUCACUCGAGUCCAGUAAACCUGUAGUUCAGAAUAGCAGAAUAGAAGGCCCAUAAAAGUCACACACGUGUAAAAGGACAAUGAUACGGUGCCUGUGUGUGUAUGUACUGUAUGUGUUUAGUAAUUGUGAGGUAUUAUGCAUUAUGUGAACAGACAACAGGCUUGCGUGUUACAGAAGAACUCAGAUAAAUUGCAUCAGUCGAUCAUUCAUUCAUACAUAUGUUUUUUUAAAUUUAAGAUUUCACAAUGUUUUGGGUGGUUGCCUACUUGUAAACAGGAACGGGAAAGGAAUUGUCUUUCCCUUUGAUCCUUUUCUUAAAUGGCAAUUAUUUAAAAAAUAGUGGAUACUGCUAAUUAAUGCCCAUUCUGAAUACUUUCAGAAUAAUUCUGAAUGCCAAUUGUAAAAAAUGCUUAUAUUCAUAUUCAAUCAGGACGAGGGUUGGGGUGAAUUCAAAUUUCAAUUCAGUAAUUUCAGGUCAUGAUUUGAAAAUUCCUUGAAAAUUGCUCAUUAUUAAAACAAAUUGGGAUGUGGACUUUUACAUUUAUUAAUACAAUUUCAACUCACACCCAGGGAUGAAUGAGCUAACAUGAAAUUGACUCCAAACUUAAAAAAUAUACUAAUCUCUUUCUUUCCUUUUGAACCAUUUUGCAGUGCAACAAUAGACACUCACGCUUAGAGCAAUGGUGCUUUCUUCAGUUUUUUUUCUUCCAUGUUUGAAUGUGCAUACUGUAGGUUGCUGUUUUUCUUGUUUUACACAUUAGAAAAUGCAUUAAAGGUAUUUUCAGCUGCUGGUCAGUCUAUGAACCUGAAAAAGAUAUUUGAGUGUUCUGUCUGUGAUAUAUAUACUGUAUAAAAAAGUACCCUGUGAGUUGAUUCCACUGUGGAAGAAAGUCUAGUCACAUUACAACCCACUGGGCCACGGAUCUAUAACAUUUUGAAAAAUAUUCACCUGUUACAAAAGGGUGGAUUAAAUUGACUAACGCUAUUUCACCUUUAUCAUGCGAGCAUUUGGAUUCAAACGGUCAAACAUGAUACCUUUCAAAAUGUCAAACCAGAGAAGACAAUUUACUUGUAUUUUUAUUUCACAUAUCAUUUCUUGUGUUGUUGGUUUUUAUGAAAUGGUUCAUAUACUGUGGAAUGUAAACUGAAUUUCCUUCUUAAGGGUGUGUAAUUGCUGUUGGGCACAUUAGUGCACUUGGCAGGCUAGAUAAAUGAUUUUAUUCGCCAACCAAUAGCAGUGUAUACUAUAACAGGUGAACAUUGGUCGAUGAUGUUUGUUGUCCUUCAAAAGGAAAUUUGUUAACUAUUAUCCUGAUGAAUUGUUGAAUACUAGAAUGAAGUCUAAUUGAAUCCUGACACAAAGUAGCACAUUCUAUUGAACAGGACAUUCACACUACUUACAGAGCCUUCAGAAAGUUUGGACUUUUCCAAAAUGUUUAUUGUGUUACAGCCUGCAUUUAAAAUGGAUUCAUUUGAGGUUUUGUGUCACGCACAAUACCCCAUAAUGUCAGUGGAAUUAUAUUUUUAGAAAUUGUAUUUUUUACAUUUAUUAUUGUCAUUUACAUGACUCACUCUGUGUGCAAUAAUAGUGUUCAACAUGAUUUUUUGAAUGACUACAUCCUCUGUACCCCACACAUACAAUGAUCUCAGUCGAGCAGUGAAUUUCAAACACAGACCAUGGAGUUUUUUCAAUGCCUCUCAAAGAAGGGCACCUAAAAAAAAGCAGAUUGAAUAUCCCUUUGAGCAUGGUGAAGUUAGUAAUUACACUUUGGAUGGUGUAUCAAUACACUAAGUCACUACAAAGAUACAGGCGUCCUUCCUUCCUAACUCUGUUGCGUCUAAGGAAGGAAACUGCUCAGGGAUUUCACCAUGAGGCCAAUGGUGACUUUAAAACAGUUACAAAGUUGAAUGGCUGUGAUAGGAGAAAACUGAGGAUAGAUAAACAACAUUGUAGUUACUCCACAAUACUAACCUAAUUGACAGAGUGAAAAGAGGGAAGCCAGUACAAAAUACAAACAUUCCAACAAGGCACUAAAGUAAUACUGCAGACAAUGUGGCAAAGCAAUGCACUUUUUUGUCCUGAAUACAAAGUGUUAUGUUUGGGACAAAUCCAAUACAACACAUUACUAAGUACCACUUUCCAUAUUUUCAAGCAUAGUGGUGGCUGCAUCAUGUUAUGGGUAUGCUUGUAAUUGUUAAGGACUGGGGAGUUUUUCAGGAUAAAAAAGAAACGGAACUGAGCUAAACACAGGCAAAAUCCUAGAGGUUCAAUCUGCUUUCCACCAGACACUGGCAGAUGAAUUCACCUUUCAGCAGGACAAUAACCUAAAACAUAAAGCCAAAUCUACACUGGAGUUGCUUACCAAGAAGACAGUGAAUGUUGCUGAGUGGCCAAGUUACGUUUUGACUUAAAUUGACUUGAAAAUCUAUGGCAAAGACCUCAAAAUGGUUGUCUAGCAAUGCUUAACAACCAAUUUGACAGAGCUUGAAUCAUUUUUGUAAGAAUAAUGGGAAAAUGUUGCAAAAUCCAGAUGUGGAAAGCUCUUAGACCCUUAAAUAGAAAGACUCACAGCUGUAAUCACUACCAAAGUGACUUCUACAAAGUAUUUACUCAGGGGUGUGAAUACUUAUGUGAAUGAGACAUUUCUGUAUUUAAUUUUCAAUAACUUAGCAAACAUUUCGAAAAACAUGUUUUCACUUUGUCAUUAUGUGGUAUCGUGUGUAGAUGGGUGAGAUUUUUUUUAAUACAUUUUUUAAUACAUUUUGAAUUCUGGCUGUACAAAGGGUGGAAUAAGUCAAGGGUUAUAAAUACUUUAUGAAGGCACUGUGUACAUAUGUGUAAUUCAUUUUGAAAUGUUAGAUGUUCUUGUCUAGCUGACUACAACAGAAAUAUGUGUAACACUGUCAUUAACAUGUCAUUACCUUUAAGUCUGUUCAUUGUAUGUUCAUUUCUGAAAAAUGACAUUACACUGUCGGUAGCUCAACUUAGCGGGUGUUAGUAAGUCGCUCUGGAUAAGAGCGUCUGCUAAAUGACUUAAAUGUAAAUGUUAGAAUUUCAGAACUUACUGAGUUAUAAUUUGUCACUAACAUGAACAGUCAUGAUUUGACAUUAUAUAUGUUAAGUGUAUGAUAUCAUUAUGUGGACUAAUAAAGCUUAGUCAAAGUGAUAACAUCAUUUAGUAAAGAGCUACCCAGACACACUGUAGCAUAAAUUAUGAGUCAUUGAAUAAGAAAUCUCAGUUUACAACUUCACCUAAGCACAACAUCCCUCCCCAAACCCACAAAUCUACUGGCUUUCGGGUUCCCUGAUGCCCAAUGAAAGAAACAUUCAGUGUAUAUGCUUGCUUUUUGAAAGAUGUUGAAAGACGGAUGGGGAAGUAAUGUUGAGAUGGGACAAAUGUACGUGAACGAACGCAUGAGAAAGAAUGGCGCUAUUAAGAUUGAUCGGCUACAUUAGCCUUGGAGUCUGCAAGACAGUCAUACAAAAGAGACAUUAUGUAUAUGUUGUGUAAGUUUUGUGCUUUAUGGACUUAAGAUGGCGGCCUAAGAAGGAGCACGAGACCGGGAGGUCAAUGCAGAGUUUGUUUGUUAGAUGAAGCAGUGCCGUGUUUGCACUUGCAAUGUGACAGUGAUGAAAUAUGACAAGUCGACUGAGGUGAAAAGAAUGCACUGUAGGCACAAAAGCCUACAAGUGUUUGGAAUAAAUCAAAUUGCAAGCUAA